ACACAACCGACCGGCAGAAGUCGAAGAAGAGCGGCACACGGUUGCUUAAGUCCGAAGGUGCUUGCAGGCUCUAACGUGAGGGUAAGAUGGCGUUGAAUGAGUUUACAUCCAGGGCUGUUCGCCUCUAUGAUGACUGGAUCAAAGAUGCAGAUCCCAGGGUGGAAGACUGGCUGCUCAUGUCCUCCCCACUGCCUCAGACCAUCAUCAUCUCCGCUUACAUCUACUUUGUGACUUCUCUGGGACCACGGCUGAUGGAGAACAGAAAACCCUUUGACCUUAAAAAAGUCCUCAUCAUCUAUAACUUCAGUGUAGUUGCUUUCUCACUCUACAUGUGUUAUGAGUUUGUCAUGUCUGGAUGGGGAACGGGUUACUCUUUCGGCUGUGACUUGGUGGACUAUUCAAGGUCACCGCAAGCUAUGCGGAUGGCAUCAACAUGCUGGCUCUACUAUUUUUCAAAGUUCAUUGAGAUGUUGGAUACUGUUUUCUUUGUACUGAGGAAAAAGAACAACCAGAUAACCUUUCUACAUGUCUACCAUCACUCCAUCAUGCCUUUCACCUGGUGGUUUGGUGUGAAGUUUGCACCAGGUGGCCUGGGGACCUUCCAUGCCCUUCUGAACUGCAUUGUUCAUGUCAUCAUGUACACAUACUAUGGGCUGGCGGCUCUGGGGCCGGCCUACCAAAAAUACCUGUGGUGGAAGAAGCAUCUCACCCUAGUACAGCUGAUCCAGUUUGUCAUUGUCACCAGUCACAUUGCUCAGUAUUUCUUCAUGGACUGCCCAUACCAGUACCCCAUUUUCGUCUAUAUCAUCGGUCUCUACGGACUGGUCUUCCUCAUCCUCUUCCUCAACUUUUGGUAUCACGCUUACACCAGGGGCAACAGACUUCCCAGAGUUCUUAAGGAUAGACUCAGCGACCGGAACGGCAACGGAUUGGCACACAAUAAGAGAAAGUAACCCGCCAAAACGCGUCGCUAUGGCAAUCUUUGCAAACAAGUCAAUUGGAUGUACUGUACAUUUUUUUUAUAGGAAGAAUAUUUAUAAACAAACUUAGAAACAAACAAACACCAUAAGGUUAUGGAGUCAGGAUAUGGUUGUAUACAGCCAGGGAAAAGAAUAAAGCAUAUGAGAGAAGCUCAUUUUAGGUCAACCUGACAGGUUAGCUUGUCUCUUACCCACAGUACUUCUUGUUGAAGACUCAUUGAUUUAUUAUACUUGGGCCUUAAAACGUUUGUAUAUUUGAUGGAACUAGAAUUCCCCACACAUCUACGAUGAGCUUAAUUUGGGUUCAAACCAAUGGGAUAAGCUGUUUCUUACCCAGAAUAGUUCUUGUUAAAAACUGAUUGAUUCAUUAUGCUUUAGCAUUGAAACACUUGUAUGCGGGGUGGAACUACACACUGAAGUUUGUUUUUAGUCUUGUACGUCUGCCCAAAGACCCUUUAGUCAUUCGUGU